AUGCGCUGCUCUAUCGUUGUUUCCAUUCUGUCGGUCGUGACGGCGGUAUACGGUUAUGCUGAUCCCAUGGCAUGCUCUGGUGUUUGCACAAAUGCUCACGAUCCCGCCCUCAUCCGCCGCGCUGAUGGCACGUACUACCGCUUCUCGACCGGUGGCAAGAUCGCUAUCCACACGGCGCCAUCUAUCACCGGACCCUGGACCUACAAAGGUGCUGCCAUCCCUGCUGGGUCGAAGAUCAACUUAGCUGGCAAGGACGAUCUAUGGGCUCCUGAUGUAACCUUAGUUGGCGAUACGUACUACCUAUACUACAGCGUGUCGUCUUUCGGUGUACAGAACUCAGCCAUUGGAGUCGCAACCAGCAAGGAUCUCAACACUUGGACUGAUCAUGGCGCAACUGGCAUUGCUUCGAGUGCCGGCAAGAAUUAUAAUGCUAUUGAUGGAGCGCUCUACUGGGACGGUUCCAAGUUUGUCAUGUCCUUCGGAUCGUUCUGGUCGGAUAUCUUCAGCAUCAACAUGGCCAACCCACCCCUCAAGACCAGUUCCUCAACCAUGACCAACAUUGCAUUCAAACCCGGGGGUACUCAUGCUCAGGAAGGUCCAUACAUUGCGCUCAACGGAAACUACCAUUACCUCUUCUUCUCUGUCGGCCAGUGCUGCGGCUUUGACAGCAAUAGGCCCGCUGCUGGUCAGGAGUACAAGAUUCAAGUCUGCAGAUCAAGAAGCGCCACUGGCGGCUUCGUCGAUAAGAACGGCGUGGAUUGUACCAAGGGUGGCGGCACCACGGUUCUCGAGUCUCAUGGUUGGGUCUAUGGACCUGGUGGCCAAGGAGUUUACUAUGAUCCUAAGCUCGGCCCUGUCCUCUACUACCACUACGUCGACACACGUAUUGGCUACGCCGAUGGUCAAAAGAAAUUCGGCAUUAACCGUAUCAACUUCUCAAGCGGUUGGCCGGUAGUAUGA